AAUGCUGUGAAAAUGAACAUGGCCCUCACAUGCCCCCCAUUUGAAAUGUUUGUAAGCACUGCGGCACACUGCGUUUUUUUAUGGCGUGUGUGUGUUUGUUUUCUAAGGGAGAGAACGGAAGAUAUGAGGGCGCACGACCAAGGGGAACGAGGGAGGGAACUACACGAGAGCACCAGAGAGGGGGAGGGAAAAUAAUUUCCUUUCUGUAACGUACACGCCGCGAGAAUACACCGGGAUAAGGACGAAAAAACUAGGGAAGACUAAAGGAAAUACCGCAGCCCCGUUGUCUUUUGUUUUGGGAAUUCACCGAACACAGAACGGAAGACUAACAUGGGGAGAGUUCUUCUCGAGGAUUGACUUUCAAUAACCCUCUCACCAUGCGAAAGUCUGGCGAAUAGACUGAAAAAGGCAAUAGCAGUCAGGGAAGACAUGUUUAGUGAUUUUAGUCCUGAGCUUGAGGUAGGAUGUUGAUGUUUUUUCGUAAAAUAUUUCUGUCUCGGGCACAAAUAAGGGGUCAGCGGUGAAUGGUCAUAUUAUUCCAGGCACAGUAUUUGUAUUGUAUUUUAGUAGUCUAGUUGUUAAUUAGAGGUUAAUAAAACGAUGUAAUAGCCUAGGCCUUCUGCAGACUGAAUAUUGCUGUACAUGACUAACGUUAGUAGGCUAGGCCUAAACACAAGGCUAUGAAUAGGUGAAAAUUAACUACUUUUUUAAAAAUAUAUUUUUAAACUGCGUCUUAUCAAUUGCAGUAAGGGCAACAAAAAUACCCUUUGACAGAAACAAGCAGUUAUCAGUGCUUAUAUCGAAUUUCUUGAUCAGAUUAUACAUAUCUGAUCAUCUUUCAAAUCAAGGGUUGCAUAACAGUGGAUAUAUAGGGGCAGACUAUAUUAAACCGCAAUCGGUUUCUUACAAACAAUUUUGACCACAGAAAAGAGUUCGACAGAGGCCAAGGAAAAAAGGAUAGGUGAUCAUUCUAACAAUAGACAGGGAACAUCAGGCGUUUUUAAAUGUUAAUGUCGACCGACGUAGCAUCAAUCAUGCUGCCUGUAUCUCGGCCCAUGGACCGGGAUCGAGAGCUCCAGGACACAAUGGCCGGGGUGCAUCCCAACUCGACCGGGGCUCCUGGCGCAGCUGUCCGGGGAAUGAAGCGAGGAGACCCGGCAUCUGACGCGCAGACAUCGGCAGCUCUGGUGGAAUCGGCAGGCGCAGAGUGCAAGCGUCCGCGGAUUGACGGAUCUGGAGGAGUCGCAGAGGUCGGCCAGAACAAUGACCCCCUGACCCUUGGUUACCAUGGAUACCCACCCCACAGUCAGGAUGCAGCUGGUGGUCAGGAGGGUCUAGUCCCCCCAUCCUUCUCCGCCUUCCCCCCUCCUCCCCCUCCGCCCCCCCAGAACGGCUUGGCCCUGGAGUACGGGGCCAGUCUGUACGCCGCAGGGGCCAUCCAGGGGUCGGUGGAGGCCGGACAGGCAGGCCUUAACACCCCGACAAGCGUCCCAAACAGCUUAACGACCCACCAGUCAGAUGUGUCGUCACAGAUUGAUACCCAGUUGGUGGGUACAGGAGGAGGUGGCAGCGGGGGGUCUGUGGGUGACGACUCAGAGAAGGGGACCCCCAAACGCCUCCACGUUUCCAACAUUCCCUUCCGCUUCAGAGACCCCGACCUCCGGCAGAUGUUUGGGCAAUUUGGAAAGAUCCUUGACGUAGAGAUCAUAUUCAACGAGAGAGGAUCGAAGGGUUUUGGCUUUGUGACGUUUGAGACGAGCGCGGAUGCAGAGAAGGCCAGAGCCGCUCUCCACGGAACUCUGGUGGAAGGACGCAAGGUUGAGGUCAACAACGCCACAGCCAGGGUGAUGACCAAUAAAAAAAUGGUCACCCCAUAUUCUAAUGGAGGAGAGGGGCUCGCCGCUCUACCUUAUGGGCUACUAAAUGCCAACUCCCCUACAGCCGGGUGGAAGUUAAGUCCAAUGGUUGGAGCCAUGUACAGUCCAGAGCUCUAUACAGAUUUCUCUGGCCUGUCUCUAUCAGUCCCUGGUUUCCCGUACCCUGCGGCGGCUGCACAGGCUGCCACAGCGGCAGCGACCUUUAGGGGCGCCCACCUCCGGGGUCGUGGCCGGCCGGUCUACAGUGCUGUCAGGGCAACCCUACCCCAGCAAGCUAUACCCACAUACCCAGGAAUAGUGUUUCAGGACAUUAGUGGCAGAUUGCCCCAGGGUGGCUAUGCUGCGUAUCGCUAUGCUCAGCCGACUGCAGUAGCCAGUCCUGCAGGAGCAGCAGCUGCCGCAGCAGCUGCCUACAGUGAUGGCUACGGACGGGUGUACACGACAGACCCCUACCACGCUGCACUAAACCCUGCCACAGCUGCAGCCUACGGUGUGGGAGCUAUGGCCACACUGUACAGGGGAGGCUACAGUAGAUUUGCGCCCUACUAAAGAGAACUACAUUUCCCAGGAGCUCUCUCAUCCUGUUUGAACAAUCUCUAAAAGAGCUCCCUCUGCUGUCCAGGACGGGGAUUGCAACAUGUUGACGGAAGUUUGUAGCCUACCAUGGAAAGUUUAUAUUUCAAAACCUCCCCAAAAUCUCCUGCUGUCCACUCUUUUUAGCUUCAAACAAAAAUAGGAAUGCUGUUUUAAAGACUGGUGGAAAGCCUUGAUAAAGGAAAAAAAAAAGAGGAAAAAAUACGAACUUGUUUUUGAAUCCAAAUGGCCGCUUGUUUCCAUUGCACGGCUGUAUUAUAGUCCCCCUGUGUCUCCCUCUCGACACUCUCAGCAGCACAAGACACAGAAUGGUCGCCCCCAGCUAGCAUACCUCCAGAACCUAUCAUGUAACUGGUGCACGGACAGAUAACUGAACACUGAGACAAACCCCCGACCACACGUAUAACAGCCAAGGUGUAAUGUGACAUGUACUGUACACAAUUCAUACAUCAAGAAUGGAGGUGGAGCCUAGUUAUGGAAGACAGAACUGUGACUGCCAGUGUCUGCACGUCUGUGGAGUCUGAACGAGCUAGAAACCACAGCAACCGAGCACCAAAAUCAUUUUGGAACUGAAAGACAAGUUGCAAACAAAAUGGAGGAUCUGACUCCAUGUUUCCUCUUGUGGGGUGAAGGAGAAUGAGAGAGGAAAUGACAUCAUCAUUGCAGAGAGAGAGAGGGAUGGACUGAUGUUUUUUGUAACACUAUUAGAAAUUACUCACUUCAAACUGAGCAGUAAAAGGAUUAUCAUAGCUGUACCUUACCUCAAAGUUUUCUUAGUCCGUGAAAAUGGUGAACCGUAAAAAAUUUAAUUGUUACAAUUAUGCAAAUAAAUUAGUUAGAGAGAGGAAAAAAGUUACCAAAUUAUUAUUAUUAUUAUUGCUGAUUUAUAGCGUUGUCUUUAUUGCCUUAUUAUUGUUAGUUUCAGUGGUUCUCUGAGCACACCUCUACAUACAUUUUCCACUUCCCUAGAAACGAGGUAUAGGGGCUACGACUACAGUGUAGAUAUCUGUAAGCCAUUCACUACAGUGGGCAACACUACACGUCCCCUCUACAGAACACUUUAUUACAUCAAACUAAACUUCCAGUGCACAACAUCAUAUUCUUACAAUACUUCACGCUAUACACAAAUCACUCAGAACUAUAUAAUAUUUCAUCACUAUUAUAGAGGUACAGGCUAGCUUUUUAUUGCAUUGUCAAUGUUAGGCUUAGGCAGUUACGUCACAAUGAUAUCAUUGAAACAAUCAGAACCUAGUGUCCUAGAAUUAACUUAUUCAGUUAUAUUUCUUUGAAAAGUUAUGAUAGAGAUUUAUUAUUUGGCUAUAUGAUUGAUUUCCCUGACUUGUUCUGUCUUUUAGAAGAGCAGGUAAACAUCAAGUACAGUCUUCCUGAGAAUAGCUACGUUGGUAAUAGAUAGUGAGAUUCUGUCAACAGGCGCUGAAAGGGGGACACCAUCAAUAUGAAAAAUAUUUAAUGCAAAAUACCAUACUAUUGUGCAUAUUUCUAUAUCCUUAUAUCUAUUUCCAAAUGUGGUUGUUUUUGCCUUUUUUUUUGUUCCAAAGAUUUGUAGAAAGCACACUUAGUAAUGUGGAUGAUAAAUAUAUUAUCGUUAUUGUGGUUAUUAUUAUAAGUGCUGUCUUUUUAUUUGUUGCAUUAGCUCUUGUUAUAUUUUUUCUAUUUCUAAAUGUUGUUGUUCCCCCUAAAGUAAGGUGACAUGUUCAUUUCCUCCAUCAAGAUUUGUUGAAAUCUGAUAUUUUUUCCUCCUGUGUUGUUUUCUUGGACAGAGGGGAAUGGACUCUUUUUUUUAGUAGUUUCAAAGAGGGAGGGAACCAUAGAGGUAUGCCACUAUGACAUCGGCCUAUCUAGUGUUCUUUAUCUAUGGAGCGAACAACCAGGGAACGCAUGUAAAACUAAACUACCAAACUCAUUUUCUCAAUGGAAGAAACUGGACUUUUCGGUCCAGACUGAAAUAGGGUGAUGGGGUUGGCAAACAUUGGAU